AUGGCAGAUGAUGGAGCAGCUCAGGAUGAGCUGGUGACGGCAGGUCAGGGUCAGCCAGGUCCAUCGGUCUUCCGUUCGACCUCACCAUGUGUCGACUCACGGACAGGAAAUAUUGUCGAUGCGCGGAUGCCAACGGCUGAAAAUUGGUGCCACACACAGGUAAAAGUCGUCAAAUUCAACUACAUGUGGACGAUCAACAACUUCAGCUUCUGCCGCGAGGAGAUGGGCGAGGUAUUGAAGUCUUCAACUUUUUCGGCGGGUGUAAACGACAAGCUAAAAUGGUGUCUACGGAUCAACCCCAAAGGACUCGAUGAGGAAUCUCGUGACUACCUUUCGCUCUACUUGCUCCUCGUUCAAAGCAACAAAAAUGAAGUCCGAGCAAAGUUCAAGUUUUCGAUUUUGAACGUGAAGCGCGAGGAAACGAAAGCGAUGGAGUCUCAACGCGCCUAUCGUUUUGUGCAAGGAAAAGAUUGGGGCUUCAAGAAAUUCAUCCGGCGGGAUUUCUUGCUCGACGAAAAUAACGGAUUGUUGCCAGAUGACAAGCUCAAAUUUCAGGUUUCUGUUGUUGCGGAGACUGUCAAUGUCACUGGCCAAUCGAACGCCACGGUGUUUAAAGUCCCACCAUGUACAUUACCGGAUGAUCUCAGCGCUCUCUACGAGUCCGGGCUCUUUGCCGACACGAAAUUGAUAAUUUUGAAUCGAGGAAUUGACGGGGAACCGAUUCGAAAUGAGAUAUCGGUUCACAAGGCCCUACUCGCAUCCCGAUCCUCCGUAUUCCGGUCAAUGUUUGAGCAUCCAAUGCGCGAGAGCGUCACCAGCGAGGUAACAAUUGAUGACGUCGACGCCGAGGUCGUACAAGAGAUGGUGCAUUACAUGUACACGGGUCAAUCGCCAAAAAUGGCAACUAUGGCGCCGAGUUUGCUGGCGGCCGCCGAUAAAUAUGAUCUGCAUCGUUUGAAGGUGAUGUGCGAGCAAGCAAUCUGCUCGUCAUUGACCUCCGAAAACGCAUGCUGUACGCUGGUACUUGCCGACCGACACAACGCCGUUCAACUGCGGCAAAACGCCAUCAACUUUAUCAACGGAUACGCGGCUGAGGUGAUGGCCUCCGAUUCUUGGGAGGGUCUCGUCAAAGAUCACGCUCUCCUCCUUGCCGACGUCUUCAAAUCCCUGGCCACGCAACAGACCCCGCCCGUCAUCCACACAACGCAACCGCAAAAGAAACGCCCCAAAAUGUCAACCAUUAUCGAGCCCCACAAC